ACGUGAGGAGGGGAGAGAGGCGGAGGGGAGGAAGGUGAGGAAGGACGGGACAGCCUUUGGCCCAGGCUUGCGUGUGAUCACCACCUCUUUCAAAACGACCAUAGCAGCCUACUGAGAGGGGUCUGGGGUGACAGCGGUGGAGAAAUGGACCCAGGCAUGGAUGUGAAGGACGAGAUGGAAAUGUUGGCUACAGCCAAACACGAAAAAAAUGGAGAUUUAAGUGAGAGCAAGAAGAAUGACAAAAAUAAGAGAAAGAAGAAGAAAGAAAAAGAGCCAAAGUUGCCCAAGGUCGGCCCCAUUGCUCUGUUCAGGUUUGCAAACCGCUUGGACCUUGUGUUGAUCCUUAUUGGGACGGUGAUGGCCAUAGUCAACGGGGUAGUACUUCCUCUCAUGUGUGUUGUGUUUGGGGACAUGACGGACAGCUUUAUAAAGGACGCCAUGAUGUCCCACAUAAACAUAUCCAACCCCAAUUUUACCUACACCCCAAGCAACAGCUCCUUAGAAGAGGAAAUGACGGUUUAUUCUGGUUACUUCUCUAUCAUGGGGGCUAUCGUGUUGGUGGCAGCCUACAUGCAGGUGGCCUUCUGGACCCUGGCAGCCGGGCGGCAGGUCAAACGCAUCCGCAAGUUGUUUUUCCACCACAUCAUGCAGCAGGAAAUCGGCUGGUUCGAUGUCAAUGAGACAGGCGAGCUCAACACACGUCUCACAGAUGAUAUCUAUAAGAUCCAAGAGGGUAUGGGUGACAAGGCGGGGAGGCUGAUCCAGGCCUACACCACCUUCAUCGCAUCCUUCAUCAUCGGCUUCUACAAAGGCUGGAAACUCACUCUCGUCAUCCUGGCUGUGAGCCCUGCGCUGGGCAUUUCAGCCGCAGUUUUCAGUAGGGUGCUGGCGACUUUCACUAGUAAAGAGCAAACUGCAUAUGCCAAAGCUGGAGCUGUGGCGGAAGAGGUGCUUUCUGCUAUCAGGACAGUGUUUGCCUUCAGUGGUCAGGACAGAGAGAUCAAGAGAUAUAAUAAGAACUUGGAGGAUGCUAAGAACAUGGGAAUAAAAAAGGCGAUCUCUGCAAACGUUGCCAUGGGCUUCACCUUCAUGAUGAUCUACCUGUCCUAUGCUCUGGCCUUCUGGUAUGGAAGUACACUCAUCCUGAGUAAGGAGUACACCAUUGGAACUUUACUAACCGUGUUCUUCGUUGUGCUUAUUGGAGCGUUCACUGUGGGACAGUCGUCUCCCAACAUCCAGACCUUUGCCAGCGCGCAGGGAGCUGCAUAUAAAGUCUACAGCAUUAUUGAUCAUAAACCAAGCAUUGACAGCUUUUCAGAGGCCGGUUUCAAGCCUGACUCCAUCAGGGGAGACAUAGAGUUCAAGAACAUCCACUUCAGCUACCCUUCGAGGCCGGACAUCAGAAUAUUAAAUAACUUGUCUCUGAGCGUGAUGAGUGGACAGACCAUUGCCUUGGUGGGUAGCAGCGGCUGUGGUAAAAGCACCACGGUUCAGCUGCUGCAGAGGUUCUACGAUCCUCAGGAAGGAGCUGUAACUAUUGACGGUCACGACAUCCGUUCUCUUAACAUCCGCUACCUGAGAGAGAUGAUCGGAGUGGUGAGCCAGGAGCCCAUCCUCUUUGCCACCACCAUUGCUGAGAACAUCAGAUACGGCCGACUUGACGUGACUCAAGAGGAGAUUGAACAAGCCACUAAGGAGGCUAACGCUUACGACUUCAUUAUGAACCUUCCCGAUAAGUUUGACACGCUGGUCGGAGACCGGGGAACUCAGAUGAGUGGAGGACAGAAGCAGAGGAUUGCGAUUGCUCGAGCUCUAGUCCGCAACCCCAAAAUCCUUCUGUUGGACGAAGCCACAUCUGCUCUUGAUGCUGAGAGUGAGACCAUUGUGCAAGCUGCACUCGACAAGGUUCGACUGGGUCGUACCACCAUAGUUGUGGCCCACCGCCUCUCAACCAUUAGAAACACUGACGUCAUCGCUGGCUUCCAGAAAGGUGAAAUUGUAGAGCUGGGGACUCACAGCCAACUGAUGGAAAAAAAGGGAGUCUACCAUACACUGGUCACCAUGCAGACAUUUCAGAAAGUUGAGGAUGGGGAGGAGGCAGACAAUGAGUCUGUGGAUGAGAAGAGCCCGUUAGUCAAGUCCUUCUCAGAGUCCUCUCUGUACAGGAGGAAGUCCACAAGAGGAUCCUCUUUCGCUGCCUCAGAGGGAGAGAAAGAGGAAAAAAACACGUAUCACCAAGACAAGACAGAAGAGGAUGAACAUGUUCCCCCCGUGUCGUUCCUUAAAGUGAUGCGUCUAAACCUUUCCGAGUGGCCAUACAUGUUGCUGGGGACCAUCUGCGCCAUCAUCAAUGGAGCAAUGCAGCCACUGUUCGCUGUCAUCUUCUCCAAGAUCAUCACUGGGUUUGCAGAGCCAGAUCAAGAGGUUGUCAGGCAAAAAUCUGCAUUCUUUUCCCUGAUGUUUGCUGCUAUUGGAGGGUUAUCCUUUGUCACCAUGUUUCUACAGGGUUUCUGUUUUGGUAAAUCGGGAGAGAUUCUGACCCUGAAACUGAGACUCGGGGCCUUUAAGUCCAUGAUGAGACAGGACCUCGGCUGGUUUGACGACCCCAAAAACAGUGUUGGAGCGCUCACUACGAGAUUGGCCACAGACGCUGCCCAAGUACAGGGGGCUACAGGAGUACGUAUGGCCACGCUGGCCCAGAACCUCGCCAAUCUGGGCACCGGUGUGAUCAUCUCCUUUGUGUACGGCUGGGAGCUCACCCUGCUCAUCCUGGUUUUGGUGCCUGUCAUGGCGGUGGCCGGAGCUGUGGAGAUGCAACUGCUCACAGGACAAGCUGGUGAAGACAAGAAAGAGCUGGAGAAGGCCGGAAAGAUUGCUACAGAGGCCAUCGACAAUAUCCGUACUGUUGCCUCUCUCAACAGAGAACCCAAGUUUGAGUCUUUGUAUCAGGAAAACCUCAAAGUGCCAUUCAAUAACUCCCAGAAAAAGGCCCAUGUGCAUGGUCUUACCUUCUCCUUCUCCCAGGCCAUGAUCUACUUCGCUUAUGCAGGCGGAUUCCGCUUUGGAGCUUGGCUCAUUAAGGCAGGAAGGAUGGAUGCUGAGGGGGUAUUCCUUGUGUUUUCGGCUGUUCUGUACGGUGCCAUGGCUCUCGGAGAGGCCAACGCCUUCGCUCCAAACUAUGCAAAGGCCAAAAUGUCAGCUUCCCACCUCAUAAUGCUGAUAAACAAGGAGUCCGCCAUUGAUAAUCUGUCACAGGAGGGAGAGUCACCGGACAAAUUUGAUGGUAAUGUGAGCUUUGACAGUGUUAGAUUUAACUACCCUUCACGCCCUGAUGUACCCAUCCUUCAAGGGCUGAAUCUGAACGUGAGAAAGGGAGAGACUCUGGCCUUGGUGGGGAGCAGCGGCUGUGGAAAGAGCACCACCAUCCAGCUGCUGGAGAGGUUCUACGACCCCAGAGAAGGGAGAGUGGAGCUGGACAAUAUAAAUGUAAACAAGCUGAACAUCCACUGGUUGAGAUCCCAGAUAGGCAUCGUAUCCCAGGAGCCCGUGCUGUUCGACUGCACCUUGGCGGAAAACAUCGCCUAUGGAGACAACAGCCGCACUGUAACCAUGGAGGAGAUAGAGGCCGCUGCUAGAGCGGCCAACAUUCACAGCUUCAUAGAAAACCUGCCAAAGAAGUACGACACUCCGGCAGGUGACAAGGGAACACAGCUGUCAGGUGGCCAGAAGCAGCGCGUGGCCAUAGCCCGAGCCAUCCUCCGCAACCCCAAAGUGUUGCUCCUGGACGAGGCCACCUCCGCACUCGACACUGAGAGUGAGAAGGUGGUGCAGGAGGCGUUGGACCAGGCCAGGAAGGGCAGGACGUGUAUCAUCGUGGCCCACCGCCUGUCCACCAUCCAAAACGCCGACCGCAUCGCUGUCUUCCAGGGGGGAGUGGUGGUCGAACAGGGGACACAUGAACAGCUGCUGGCCAAGAAGGGAGUCUACCACAUGCUAGUCACCACACAGAUGGGCCACGGAAGGGAAUAAGAGGACAGGGAAGAAUACUACACCGAUUGUUUUUUAUCUUUAUUUUUCCUGAGGGCUGCUUAAUAUUCAAACAGUUAAACAUAUUCAGACUGAGCAGCUGCAGUUGGGGUCUGAAUGUGCGGACUGUGUCCUGGCCUGUUUGGAGAUUUGACUCUUUUUAGCCUUGUGAGUCACAUAGUUUGGUCACGAUCAAACAAGUAACCUAGUACCUCUGUACUGUUUAUUAGUCGUCACUUUUAGGAGCCUUUUUUUUAGAUAGAUAUUUUGGACAUGUGACAGCAGGAAAAGCACAGGGGUAAAUAAUAAAAUGAAUGACUGAAUUUAAUUUAGCUGCUUCAGUUUUAGGGUUACUGUACAUGCUGGUUCACUGUCACAGCUUACUGGGACACUGAAUUUUAUAAGUAACACCAGUACUUUUCCUACUAUACGUCAAAAUGUCUGCUGUUAAAAAGGCCUAUUGUAUUGUACCCUCUCUUGUUUUCUUUCUUCUCCUUGCUUGAAAAGAUCCAUUCAUGUUUGUAUCCCGUAAACUGUGAGUCAUUUAUGGCCAGUCUUUUUUUCUCUUAAGGUGGAGCUACUUGAUGCAAACAAGCCUUAGCUGUUUUAAGUGCAAAACACUUACGAUAAAUGUACAGUGAUUAAGACUAACAAUACACUGGAUUUAUUAUGUAUCCUGACACUGGGAUCAUCAUCUACAGUAUGUGUGUGGGCAAAUUCUUAAUUACUUUGAUUGUCAUGAUGCAGCUUAUCUUUUUCUACAGACUGAAUUAAUAAUGUAAAAGAAGUGCCUGAACAGUUUAACCCAGGAAAAUAUUGUAUAUGCAGGGCUGUGCAGAUUUGAAUUUUUUGUUCAUGCAUUAGGCAUCCUGUUUUGUUUCUACAAAUGCACGGAAUCACUAGCCUUUUUGGAAAGUAUGCUUAUAUGUAACUAUUAAAGUUUUAUAUUCAA